UGUGUGUGCUGUUCAGGAUCAGCCUCCUGACUAUGUUUUUCCUGACUCCUGUCUUGGCAGCAGUUGUCUGCAUUUUGAUUGUGUGGAUCUUUACAAAUGCUGAUAGAAGCAUGGAGAGAAGGAAGGAGGAGCCCAGAGCCAGGGCCGAGGCUCGUCCCUGGGUGGAUGAAGACUUACAAGACAGCACUGACCUCGACCAAGUGGAAGAAGAUGCUGAUGAAUCGCAAGAGUCAGAGGAAAAUGUUGAACACAUUGCAUUCUCCCACAUCCGGUACCCUGAGAAGGAAAUGGUUAAGAGAUCCCAGGAAUUUUAUGAACUUCUCAACAAGAGACGGUCUCUCAGAUUCAUAAGUAAUGAGCAAGUCCCAAUGGAAGUCAUUGAUAAUGUCAUCAAAACAGCAGGAACAGCCCCAAGUGGGGCCCACACGGAGCCCUGGACAUUUGUGGUUGUGAAGGAUCCGGACAUGAAACAUAAGAUUCGGGGGGUCGUUGAGGAGGAAGAGGAAAUAAACUACUUGAAAAGAAUGGGGCACCGAUGGGUUACAGACCUGAAGAAACUGAGAACCAAUUGGAUUAAAGAGUACUUGGACACAGCUCCUGUUUUAAUUCUCAUUUUCAAACAAGUAUAUGGUUUUGCUGCAAAUGGCAAAAGAAAGGUCCACCACUACAAUGAGAUCAGUGUUUCCAUCGCUUGCGGCAUCCUCCUGGCUGCCCUGCAGAAUGCAGGACUGGUAACUGUCACUACCACUCCUCUCAACUGUGGCCCCCGUCUGCGGCUGCUCCUGGGCCGCCCUGCAAAUGAAAAGUUGCUGAUGCUGCUCCCCGUGGGGUACCCCAGCAAAGAGGCCACGGUGCCCGACCUGAAACGGAAACGUCUGGAUCAGAUCAUGGUGACUGUGUAGGCAGGAGACCAGCAGGGAGAGGCUGGAAGGCGAUGCCCCUGCUCCCUCUCCUGUCCCUCUUGGGUCUGUGGGCUGCUUUUUCUC